AUAGCAAAUCAUCCCUCCCGGCGGCCCUUCAUUCCACUCCCCUGCUUCCUUUCGUGAUGCUUGCGCACUUGAUUUGAAGCGACAAACGGGCGGGUCAUAUUAGAGCGGUACCAAUCCAAUCGGCGACUUGCGUUACUGCCCUAGAGCACACUCUGCCAUACAGGGCCAGCCAGCUCUCGCUCACUCUUAUCUUCUCGUCUUCAAAAAGUGUUUAUUCUACUGAGUUACCCAUCUCGAGCCACUCGCCCCCGACAGAGAAAGGAGAAAAGAGACAAAAAUGGAUUUCGACGUCGCCUACACCCUUGAGAACGCGCAGCAAUUCUGGGAUGGUAAAAGAGUUCCCCUGUAUACCAUGUUUCUCGCUCGACUGCGUGAUCUCCAGCUGACCUGAACAGAGCUCGACGAUAUCGUCAGUUCCCAUUGCGAAACUCAGAACCUCAUUGACCAGGCUCUGAAGUCUUAUCUAGCAUUCACUUCUUCGUUUACAGGUACAAUGCCCCUCUACGAACACUCAGCCCCUUGCGACAACUACCUCCUCCCUCCUUUGUUUCUGCGCCAAGUCCGGAGAUUAGGGGUUUUCUUGUUUUUUUUUUUACUUGGAGCAUGGGUUUUGACACGUGGAGUUUGCAGACGAGUACUUGGUUUCCGAGUACGAUUGGGCGAAGUGUGCCUAUAAGCUCUUGGAUUCUCCAUUGUUUACGGAACAUCGAAGUUACGUCCGUCGGCGCAUGAUCGGACGGUUGAGAAGGGUUCGGCCCGCCUACGUUUUGAGGCUCUGUUCGGCCUUCCUUCGGGCGGGCGGGCGGGCAUUGUGUGGCUGACGAUGGUAUAUAGGAGAUUUUGGCCCCGCGAUUACACUUGGUUGCGCUCAUUCUGCUAUAUGAUGGCCGGGGAGCCCAGAAGACAUUUGAGAUGAUGUUGGAAGAGGGCCUUUUUGUUAGGUUAAUGGACCUGGUUCAGAAGACGAGGGAUGAGGAUAGAAUGCUCUGGCAGUCACUUGUAGAAUUGCUCUACGAGAUGUCUCGGAUACAGCGCUUGAGGCGCGAAGACUUGGGUAGAAUUUCCUUUUAGCUAUUUGGCAACUAGGAGCUUCGAAGGCUGCUGACCCUGCAACAGAAGUGAUUGAUGACGAAUUCAUAUCGUAUCUUUUCGGGUUGGUUGAGGAGGAUCCUGAGGAUCCUAAUGACCCAUAUCAUUACCCGGUAAUCAGGAUUUUGGUAUGAUACAUAUAUAUCUCCUCCAGGGUUGGUUAACAUUGCGCUCCGACUAACCUUUCGCUAGCUUGUACUGAACGAGCAGUACAUGGUUUCAGCCCAUGCCCCUCCUUCAAACCCUGCGGACCCGCCGGACGCUCCAACGAAUAAAGUUAUAAAGGUUCUCUGUUUUCAUGGUUCUACAUUCAAAACUUUUGGGGAGAAUAUCAUCCUUCUCCUUAAUCGUGAGAGUGAGUCGUGUAACUUGAUAUGAGCUAUAACUUGACAGAGACUAACGAUCCGGGGCCACUGCAGGUGAAACUUGCUUGCAACUGUUAAUAUUAAAACUUCUGUACCUCCUCUUCACCACGAGUGCAACAUAUGAAUACUUUUACACAAACGACUUGCGGGUUCUGGUGGACGUAAUGAUCCGCAACCUCUUAGACCUUCCGGACGAGUCCGAGCCGGUAACGGUCCCCUCCUACCGGAACCCGCUCUCAGGAAGGGUAUACUAAUAUAACGGAAAACCAGCUCCGACACACCUACCUCCGCGUCCUAUACCCGCUCCUAGAGCACACCCAACUCCGCCACCCGCCAUACUACAAGCGCGACGAAGUCCUCAAACUCCUGGAAUGCUUGAGCGGCGUGCGAAGCAACCAUUUUCAACCGGUCGACCAAACAACCAUCCGCCUCGUCUCCCGCUGCGCAAAUGUCCCAUGGCUUAGAUCGACGCCCGAGGAGAACGCCCACCCGGAGAACCCAGCCCACAGGGUCCUGGGAAUAAGUCUGGCACAUCACGGUCAGAGCUCUGUUAGUUUGAUGGAGGUGGCCUCCAAAUCGGAGAAGCCGGGGGUCAUCACUCCGUCCAGGAGAUUGGGCACUGGGGGAACUAAUUUAGAUGGCGGUGGCAAUGGAAAUGGGGUGGAGAUUGCUGGGGAGGCGUGA